AGUUUUAGUGCUGAUGAGAGCUGCAAACUUUGCCUAGAAAGCUAAAAUAGUAUAGGAUAGAAUGCUAAUAAUAAUCCUAUUUUAAAUAGCAAAAAGGUACUUAAUAGAAAGAAUGAGUAGAUACAUGGAAAAUUUUAUUCUUAAACACCAUAAAAUAAUAUGUAUGUUAAAUAAUACUCAAGUAGAAUUAACUCAUAGAAUACAUGUCUAAAUUAGAAAUAAUAAAUGUAAGACUUUUUUAGAUAAAAAUAGACCUCUAUAAGUACUCGCACACUAAUAUUAGUAUCUGCUCCUAAUAAUAUUGCUUAAAAUACUUCAAGGAGCAAUACUAAAGAAUCAAUUAAUAUGCAACCACUUAAUAGCAGAGUUCAAAGUUAACAUAAUAGCUUAUUUAGUGGGUAGGAUAAUUAAAAUUUGAGUCUUCGUAACUAAACUAAAUCUCUAAUAACUUAUCCCAAUAGUGGUAAUUACUAUGAAAUGUCAAAGGAAGAAGAAAAUGGUAUAAGAGUAAAUACAUAGCCUGAUAAGGUAUUUGAAAAAUCUAAGAAAAGCAUGGAAUAUUAUAAUUAGUAAUUGCCUUCAAAUUUGUAUCAAAACUUUGAAAAUACACCUAUUAGUUGCAGCACCAAAGAUUGCUAAAAUUAGUCUUUAGAAAUUGACCAAAAUAUAUUUUAAAAAUCUUAAAGAGGAGGUCUACAGAGUUUUGAUAAUUCUGUAUUUAUGGAAUCUGGUAGAAACAAGCCCAAAGAAAUUAUAAGCAACCCAUUUUCUAAUUAAUUAAUAUCAAACACUAUCAACAUUGCUCAAUUAGAAAAAUAGAAUAGCUAAAAUUUAACAUAAUUAAAGUAAGAAUUAAAGCUUAACCAAAAUUUAACUCCUCUUAAAAAUGAGAAUCUUUAAAUUAAGUAAGAAGAUUUUGAUCAUCAUGAACAUAUUUAGCAUAAUGAGAACGAUGGGUUUUCAAAUCAAAUUUAAAGAGGAAACUCAGUUACGAUUAUUAAUAAUUAUAUUGAGAAUAGCAAAGGAGAUUAAUUCAAUGCUGAUACUUAAACUAUUUAAGAUUCAGAAUUAUUUUACAAUCAAAACAUAAAUACAGACGAGAUUAGCAGUAGUGUUGAUGCUUUUAGCAAGCAAGUAGAAUAAAAUUGGAGUAACAAAAGAAAAUUUAAAAUUCCUAUUUCACUUAUUUAAACGCCUACUCAUUAGUUAAAUAUGAAUAAAGAUUUUUAGAACAUAUAUUUCAAUAAGGCUCAACAUACAAUUUAAUCUACAAGGUGUGGAACACCAAUCAAAAAAAGAUAAACUUAGCCAUCUCAAAACAUAUAUAAAUUUUAAUAUAUAAAUGAACAUGUUUAACGUCCAUAAACAUCUGUCUCUAGAUGUCAAAGUUAAACAUGCAGAAAUUAGUCUUUUAUUUUUUAGGCUUAAAAUUCUUAUGAUUAAAGUGAGUUGAAUAGCAUUUAGCUCUUGAAACCGAAACAAUUCGAGCUUCAUACCUCUUCUCACUCAAAAUCUAAACCAAUAUCUUCUGUGUAAUAAAAAUAUAGCUAGGAUGCGAAAAUCCUGAGUAAGAGCUCAAACUUAUUUUAAUACAUAGACAAAAAAUGUAAAGAAACAGAAAUCAACUACCUAGAGGAGAAGGUAAAGCAAGUUUACAGCACAGAUGACAUGAUAUACUAGGAAUAUAUGAAUUAUAUCUAAAGAAUAAGAAAGGAAGGAUAAUAAUAAUCAGAUGUAAACUCACUUUAUAAAUGCAAGAGUUAGGAUUUAAAAUUUAAAAAAUCUCCUAAUUAAACAACUAAUAAAUGUGAAAAAUUUUCAUAAACUAUUGAUUAAGAAAGCUUUGUUGCAUAAAAUAACUAAGUUGAUAAGAUAAAGCAGCGUCCUCUAUCAUCUUUUAAUAGAAUAGGUACUUGUUUUACUCCUCAACAAUAAAAUUUCAGCAGAAGAUAAAUAACAAGAAAAUUGAAAAAAUAUGCUUGUAAAUUUCAGUCAGUUUCUCAGUAAUUCCAAAAGCUAUAAGAAAAUAUUAGCAAAAUUCAAAAUUAAUGA